GAAGGAAGUCAUAAUCUCUGUAUCUUGGCUGUUGAGAGAGUUUUUGGGCCUUCCUUUCAUUCCAAACGUCAUAUUCAGAGUGCGUGUUUUAGUAAAGACUGCGAAACUCGCGAAGUUUAGCCGGGUUAAAUCUUCACUUUUGAACAUGUGCAAAGCGGCUUAGAUAUUAGUGAAUAACUAUUGAUAUAGUAUGUAGCACAAACGGACGUCGGAUUUUCUGCCACUACGAUGCUAGUGUUGGCCUUCUUGUUGGUAUAUGUGCCAUCUUGGAAUGUACAUGUAGUUACAUCCACGGAGUGGCUUAAACGUUGGAUUACAACUUGAACCUGUUAUUUCUUCUACCUUGUAGCUUUCAAUCUGUAUUAUACGUACAAUCUAAUUUACUUCCCAGCUAUGUAGAUUUUUUCCAAACCGGAUAGUUGUUAUGGAAGCCACGCAAUAAAAUAUUUCAAGUAAAUUUUAAACACGUUAACUAAACGGCUAAUGACGUUUAAAUCGUGCCUUCUGGUGCAUUUUCUCUGCCUGAAGUUACCCGAAAAAUAGUCAAUAAAACGUAUCCAGAAGAAACAAGAUGUGGAAGUAGGAAGAAGAGAACCGUUAGGGAUCGGAAAGUGUUGAGUCCUAAAUUUAAUUUGUUUCGAGAACACCGGACCCAGGUGCCACCAUUGACCCCAGGAACCAAUCAGAAAAUGACCCACGCUUUGACAGCUAGUUUUGCAAACUGGCAGAAAGAACAACAGAAUAACCUAAUUUCUAAAGACCCUCGAGAGUGGAAUGAAAUGGAUGUCACUCACUGGUUAAAUUGGGCAAUUCAGGAAUUCAGUCUGGAAGGAGUUAACCUUCAAAACUUUAAAAUGAAAGGGAGAGAGAUGUGUUCCCUGGGUAAAGAACCAUUUCUAGCACGUGCUCCACCAUUCAUGGGAGACAUCUUGUGGGAACACUUAGAAUUACUACAGAAAGAAGUGGACAAGGAAAGAGUUAAACUAGAAAACGUCCCUUCAAAUUUAUAUGAAUCCGUAUGUAUGCCGGAGUUUGACGAUUUUUUUCAACAAGGGAGCAGCUAUCCGUUGCCAGAAACAAAGGUUAUUCCUAUCAUGAACAACGGCACGUUAUCAAAUGGUAUCCCAGUCUCUAGUGGCCAGCAUUAUAUAGAAGGUGGGUAUAAUCACAUCACCAAGUCAAUACACACAUUGAAUGACAUGAACCACGAGGAGAUGGGCUUAAAUCAGCAGUUUGAUGACGGUCAAGAAUACGGGUUAGAGGCUAAUACCCCUCAUCCGGGCUGUUUGGACGCUAGUCCCGAGUUUUACCCAAGCCCCUCUACACCACUUAUGGUUCCAGAAAACAGCUAUCAGCAUAGCUAUCCUACGAAAAGCUACACAAGACUUCGGUACUCUCACGAGUUACUUUCUUCCGAAGGCUAUGUACCACAUCAUUAUGAACCACCUUUCCAAACUGUUCCACGAUCUCUCCACAGCCCAACUGAUCAUUGGUCGUCUGAAUUGGCAGGACAUCCUGGACCUCUAAGCAGUUCAUUUAUCCAUAAUAAUCAUCAUCUCCACCCAGCCUUUGCGGGGCUCUCUAUCCGAGACUCAAAUUCUACUCUGAAUCAGGAAAACCAAAUCCAAACCCAGAAUCACGGUCAGGGUCCUUUAACGGGAAGUGAUGAUACCAAGCCAAUCAUUCAAGCCGCUGUUCUCUCGGGUUACUCGGGGAGCGGACCAAUUCAAUUGUGGCAGUUCUUACUGGAACUUCUGACAGACAAGACUUGCCAGGGGUUCAUCAGCUGGACUGGUGAUGGUUGGGAGUUUAAACUAACUGACCCAGAUGAAGUAGCCCGUCGUUGGGGCAUUCGAAAAAACAAACCGAAAAUGAAUUAUGAAAAGUUAAGUCGUGGACUGCGAUAUUAUUAUGAUAAAAAUAUUAUUCACAAAACUGCUGGUAAGCGUUACGUGUAUCGUUUCGUGUGUGAUCUCCAGUCUCUCUUGGGUUACACACCCGAAGAGCUACAUGCCAUUGUUGACUUCAAUUCAGAGAAAAGAAAUGACGAGUAAAAAGUCAACGGCAAUCUGGUCAACAUAUUGCAUAUACAUUGCAAUUUUUAAACUUCACUUUAUUUUUAUUGACAAAAAUUGUUUCUCCUGUAAUUCAAGAACAAUAGAGAUAGAGAAUUUUGUUUUCUCCUCGACUGUUAUUGUUUCAGGAAGAUUUACAAACAUUUGUUGUUGGUUGUUUUUUUACUAUCAUUGCUUUGGUAGCUUUUGAAUUUAUGUUCCGUGAAAAUUCUUACUUUAUUUCAUUAACACACGAAGCUGUUAGCCUCGGUGAUUGGUUACAAAUCGCAGUAGCAGUUACACACGAAGCUAUUAGCCUCAGUGAUUGGUUACAAAUCGCAGUAGCAGUUACACACGAAGCUGUUAGCCUCAGUGAUUGGUUAAAAAUCGCAGUAGUAGUUUAUUUAGUAUUGAAAGUGGACGGCAACUAAAGACACAGCAAAUUCGUAAUCACGGUAAUCUUACACAGUCUUUGUUCAGUUAGAAGUGAUCAGUUAAGUGCCUUCAACUACUAACUCUUUAGAACUGCAUUGGUAAUAAAACUUUGUAAAUUACAUAAUUACGCUGUACAAGUUUGUCAAAUUUGUUACAUGUGUAUUUCAGAACGUGACCUGUACAACUAAGUAACUCAUGAAUUUCAGUAUUUUUUAUAACAUCUUUGAAACGAGGGCUAUGUGAUAAAAAUUGACGUUAGAUAUUAGACUUGUCAUUGAUUAAGAUUAGUUACAUUUUAUCAAUUAAGACAAAGUAUUUCAAAGGAUUUGAUUAUUAAUUAGGAGUUGGUUCUGUGGUUCAUUAGCUGUGUUCUGGUUGAUCUUAUUUCACUGUCAUUAUUCUCGUUGAUUUAUGCCAAUGUUCUUAUUCUAACUUUUAAGAAGAUAUUUUAAUUAAAACAUGUAAUUACCAACGAUAUCACUGCUCGUUGGAGUGGGGUAAAACCAUUGUGUAAAUAUGGGUACUGUCUUGCGCCUGGAUUAGGUUUUCCAAAGGAUUUCUUUUUUUUUUCCUUUUUUAUUAUUAAAAUGUGCAUUGUGGAAAUCGUUAGACAAUUAACUUUUAAAGAUCGAUUAAUAUUAUAGUAUUAUAAUGUUUUAACUAUUUUUGCACCCUUAAUGAUCUGUCUAUUUGUAAUUUUAAUCAUUAUGAAAAAAAUGUUGAGAACAAGAGAUGUGUUCCUACUCGACUCUUGAGAUAUAUUCCUAUGUGCCUUUGAACAAUUUAAUGCGUCUUCCUAAUGUUUUAUGUAUUUGUACCAUUGGAUUUUCAGUUUGUGAAUGGAUUUUCAUGACUGUUUUUGAUUUCUAAAUUAAGGUACUGUAUUGUGCAGUUUUAAGUAUCUCAAGGUUAAGACGUCUAAUUAUUUUUAUACAAAAAUGUAUAGAGGAAAAAAACUUCACAAAACUUAAACCAAAGAAGUGGAACACUACUUUAGUGAGUGUGUGUCAUAUAUACAUAACACACAUACACAAGUAAGCCUAAUUAGGCUUAACUUAAACUUGUUAAAUGCUGUCGAGUUGGGUGGCUUAUCCAUUCGGGAAUAUUUCAAAACUCUAUUUUUUCUUAAGAAUUUAACUAUUACAGUUAAUUACUGAAUAAUUGUUAAAUGAGUGAUAUAUUUUGACAAAAGUUUAAAACAGUCCGUAUUAUUAAGCAUACAGAGUCGUAAGCAAGAUUUAAACUUAGACAAAUAUGUUAUAGGCUUUUUUUUAUUGUUGCAGUAAACAUUCAUGCGUUGUUCUCGCAUAAUUGUGCUCAUUGUGGUCAAUGGAUGUUUUAUGCUUAGUUUUAAGAAUUGAUGUAUACGUGUGGGGAGUGUAAGACAAUAAAAAUCAUGUCACCAUAAAGCAUUAAAACGGAUUCUAGAGAUGUGAUAGCACAGAUUCAUUAGGUAAUACUUUUAUGAAAUUAGUUUUUGUAGAUAUUUCAAAAAGCAAGAGUAUUGUUUUAUGUUAUGGAUGUUUUAUUUGGUUUAGAGUAGUUAAGAAUUUAGUCUGUUCUUAUCAAUAGCUCUAAUACUAGGCGUGGGUGUAUUUGAAAAAUGUUAUAUAUGUUUCGACAAAAUGCCCAACUUGGUAAUGAAACGUGUUUUUUUUUUUUUUAAUAUUAUGACCGGUCUUUUUUAUUUAUUAGUUUUGCUGUGAGGAAUAAAUUGCAUAACUUAGCCAGCUGUUGCGUAGGUGUGCUGUAAAUACAUAUGAUAAAUCUUGUAUUCCUAUACUUUUAUUUUAAAUCUUACGUUUCAAUUUCAGUAGAAUUAAAAAAUAUCACACUACUUAAAUUUUUAGUGCAUAAAAGAAUUCGAUGUUGUGCUCAAUCACAAAUGGAGUAGGAUUUAGUGCCUUUGCUUAUCUAAAGUAAGUUGUAAAAAAAUUUUAUAUAUAUAAGCUUUAAAAAGCUUUAAGUAAUCAUUUUCAGACAAUAGUUUAAGUUCAUUUAAAACAUUGAAAUUUGAAAUAAAGAAAUUUUCAGAUUUA